CUUCCUUCCUCCACUGCAGACUGGCCCCCCCUCUCCCCGAGCCAGUCCAAACCCAACUGAGGUUUUCCUCCCACACACCCUCCUCAUCCCUGUCUUCUCACCCCCCUUUUCUCCCAUCGCCAACACACCCCGACCGCUGGACCCGACUCGUCGCUUCUUCGCUGUUGUGUGUGUGUGCGUGUGUGUCUGUCCCCAAUUCUAAUCCUAAAUCCACCCAUCCAUCCCAUCCUCUCUUUAGUCUUCCGCGUCGCAACCCCCUCUUCUUCCCAUCAACUCUCUUCCCCCCAAAACCCUUCGAGGCCGUCGUCGUUUCUUGACUUCUGUUUCGUGGUUCAAUUCUAGUUGUAGAUCUUGCAGAUUUGCUUCUGGUCUUGUGCCGUCCGCUCCUUAACAACACCUUCAAUUUUCAUCUUCGAUAAAUAGCAUUUGUCUUACCUGGUCGACCGCUUCUGUCACGUACGCAAUCGUGAACGCCAAUUUCGCCCAAUUCCCAUCGUCAGCGCGCCGCAUUCGACUUGUUCCGAAAGGUGUUUAUUUGCCCAUCGAUUCUUCCAAUUCUCUUUCGCGAUAUCCAAAACGAAAAGAAGAACCAACUCGCCAAAUCUGCCACCUUGCAGACUUAAUUACCAAACCCGCCAUCACCUCGCAAAACGCCCCCUGACGCGUCGUCCUCUGUCGAGCACCUAAACGAUCCUCCAUUCUCAACCAACGACGACCAUUUUGCAUUUGCGCCCUCUUUAUGUCCCUCUUUUAGUUGCUGAUCAAGCCUGUAGCCGCAGAGCGGCUCAGUAAAGCAUGGCAACCACUGUCGGACCUGAGAGUAUGAUGAUAGCCACAAGUACACAGGUUUUGGACGAGCCCUCGAUGCAAGCGAUUUCUCUUCCAGUAAUGCUGGAUAAUUCUACUUCCUCAACAUCACAAUUCUCCGGACCACACUCUCCACGAACAAUGCCUCCACUACCAAACCCACCAUUCGUCUUCCCGGCAAGGCCCUCUUCGGCUUCUGCACCGUCGUCCUUCUCGAGAGCAACUGGGCGACGUCCGCUGUCCGCCAUCGAAAUCCAAGACCGAUCGACCUUCAACAUGAACUCAGAAGCAGCCGAUCGGCCGUCAAGAUCGCCCGCCCUUCCCAACUUUACCUUCAAUCCCGGCGCUUCGUUGUCCCCAGAGACAUCCCUCUUGCUUAGCCCGCCUCUAUCCCCUCCGCCUGUGUCCCCGAGACUAGCGGCAUCACCUGCAAGACCAACUGGAGUUGGACAUAGGAGAGGAGGGAGCGAGUUUGUAGGAGGAAGCAUUCGUUCUGGAGACUCCAUCACCGUAACUGGUACAAGCCCAACGAGAUCCGAAAGUGGUUUUGCGUCUCCAAACUUCCAAUUGCCCCCGAAGCCUCCCGGCGGUCGUGGCCACAAACACAGACGCUCUGCUGCGCUCUCGAGCCAUGACUUAUCCCUCAUUGUUCAGCCUUCAGCGUCCGGUGACCUCAGGGGCAACAGUGCUCCUGCAAGCCCGGCUGAAUUCGAUCGACGUUUAGACCAUCACAAUGCGGGUUUGGUCGAGAAGACUCUGAAGGGCGUUGAAUCCGAGCCAGCCCUUAGAGUGCCCAGGGAACUUACCAGGCCAGUCACUGCAGAUUCAGGUUCAUCAAGUGGCAGGGCUUCUCCCGCAGCCAGGCCAGUCACGCGUGCUCGUGUUGGGUUCUCUGAUACCCUCGAGUUCAUCCCACGCCCGCUAUCAAUGGUGUCAAGCGAUACUUCUAGCACAGUUACAGCUCGACCCGGAGGGCAUUCGGUAUCUGGAAGCAUUUCGUCCAUCAUUUCCAUCCCGACGACAAGUACACAUGUGGAGACCGAGCCUAUUAUUCCUCUGGUACUCACACCUUCUCGCCAGAACAACGAGUCCAGGCCUAGCACUGCCGGGGCGGUUUUGGAACGAUCCCAGAGCAUCCAAUCAGUCGGGGCAUCGCCAAGGAGGAGAAACUCUAUCCCUACCCUAAUCAACGUGCCUGAAGCAGGCUCUGUCGGCCCCCCGAUGCCUAGUCCAACCAAGACUCCCAAGAGGUGGUCAUUCUUUGGAUUGGAUCCUUUCAACGCAACUGCGUCACCACUCCGCACGAGACCCGUGAGCUCGAGUUCUUCAGAUUCUGGAUCCAAGCCAACCAGCUCAUCUUCCUCAUCAACUUCAGAGCCCAACUCGGAAUCGGUUGGCUUCUCAGAAUUUUCGGACCACGCCGGUCAGAGAGCAGACGGCAAGAAGUCCAAGAAGAAGAAGAAGGUCAAGAACUGGGCAGGAUCAAUUCUAGCACGAAAGAGUAAACCGCGGAACAAGAAGUGCAAAGACCUGGAUCUCACGGGCGAUUCUGCCCGCCAGUUCGAGACAAUCGAGCAGAAGGAUGAACCCCUCACACUCUUGGUGGAACCGGAAGUGAACGUCGAACCGGUCACACCUACACUCAUGGUGACGGACACCUCCAGCCAACCUCAGAGCUUACAAGAAUGGAAGCCGCGCCCUGCCUCGGCCCAAGACGAUACAUCUUUCCCCAUGAUUGAUCUGGAUGCUGCGCUGGGUCCUUUCAACACGCCUCUUGCGAAUAACCCUGAAUGGGACGCUGCCCAAAAAGCCGCAGCCUCCACCAAGCGCCAGCUACACAGCGCACAGGGUAUGAAGGGCUUCAGCGGACCAGGAAUGCACUACCACCGUCGCGCUGAAAGCGCCCCUGAGAUGGUACCAUUCGAUGUGGGCCGCUUUGGCAUACAUCGUUUUGGCAGCAGCUCGACAAUGGCCGACGUGUUCGAGGAGGAUGAAGAAGAUGACGAGCACCCUGGCAAAUGCGCUUCACUGUACACUAGCAGUCGUGCUAAGAGAGGUGAUUUCAACGACAGCACGGAAUCCUCCGGCGACGAGGCGACACCGCCCGCUACCAACAAAGUCCAGCAGCCCAUUCUCGACGAUAUUUCCACCAGCGGCCCUGACGGCAGCAUCAGCCGUGAUCAGGUCAUUAGUACGGACGCACCGAAAGUAGAAGCCAAGAUGAGCGCGGAGACAGCGCCCAUUCCCCUGCAAGAGGACGUCAUUGUUGAAGAGCCGUUUGCCCAGAUCCCCGAGUUCCGUACCGGUUCCAUCUUCAACGAAAAAGCAGAGUCUACUGGUUCCGCAACUCCGUCUCCGCGCAGAAUUCUCGCCAGCAAGGACUUGGCCCCUGUGGACGUCAGUCCCCUCCACCUGCCGACUGCUUCGCACGUUCCCGUCAGCCCCUAUUCAAUGAGCCACGCCUCAUCCUUCCCAUCACCCCGUUCGCCCAUGUCAUAUGACGCUCAGCGGAUUUCUACGGCACCAUCUUCAGUCAAUGAGGAGAACAACUUCCAAUCUCUACUUCUCGGGGAGCCGGGCCCAGAAGUCAGGCUUUCCGUAGAUAUACCGUCAUUGACCUCCAGUCACUCGACCAUGACAAGGGACAGCUCUUUUGCCACCAGCUCUCAAUUGAGACAGGAGCCCAUACGACCCGAUCAACAACGGCCGGUUUCAGUUUCUUCAGCAGCAUUCGGGCGGCGGCGAUCCAGCCUUGCCAGUUUGAGUAGACUUAUCAGCAGUUCUCAUGGGGAGCGAAGCAAGCUAUCAAUGGAGGUCUCAUACGAUGGCGAGGGUGAUAAGAAGCACAAGUCCAGCAAAUCGAAACGACUCAGCCGAAUGAUGCGAUUCUGGAAGCCCAGCAAAGAGGAGGCCGCAUCCUAGACUUCAAUAGGAGACGCACGCCAACGAGUCAGGGCGACUGGCCACGAUAUAGUCAGCUUUCACCGCAUACAACAAAUGUGACUUCAUGAAGCAUGUAUAUGGAAUUAUUGUACAACUCUUUACACUUUCUCUCCGACCAGAUCCUUCUGGCGGAAUGAUGUCUUUCUUCGCUAGGACGGGAUUCGCGUCUGCAACUACAUUGCCGACGCAGCCUGGCUAGCGAAAGAAAAGCAUCACCGGGUCGUCACCAAAGCUUCACGCAACGCGCAGAGAUGGAAACCUCGACGACUCGGCUUUUUUUGGGACACGGAUUCGGCGUUCUUUGUGAUGAUAGCAUGAGCAGCAAGUUGCAUGAGCAUAGCAGGUUCGCGGCCAUAUGUCUUGGUGACAACUGUGGGGGCCGGAAACAUGUGGUUCAAUGGUUUUGUUUCCGUUCUCUGGACAUAUCGGGGAUGAAAUGCGAAUUUAGGAAGGCGAAAACUUGGCGAGGCAGACAAGUCGAGGCACUUUUGCAGUGUCUCUCAUAGUUCUUUGGCCGGCCGGCUGUUUCAGCCCUCUAGACGAUGGAAGAUGGCACAAAUCGCGACGUAGACAAAUAUUAAUGAACA